GUGGGAGUAAUGUCCGUCCUUCCAGGUAAGCUAGACAUGACAUCCAUGAUACACAGUUACGAAGAUUCCCACUAAAUAAUAAAUGUGGGUUUCCGGCUUUUACCACCGCCUGCCUCUCCUCUACACGCACACAUUAUCUCAUUCUACGCACCAUGUCACCUUACACCGUCGAGGACGCUUUAAACAUUACCUUUGAGCGAGCAUGUAGCAACGGUGACCUGCAAGAUGUUCAGAGGGCUCUUGCCAGCGGGGGACUCUCUGCCGAUGAACUUGACACUGGGCUUCAACUCGCUACCCUUGAAGCUCAUCCACACAUCGUGGCCGCACUCUUUGAUGCCGGCGUGCCUAUGACACCUGGCGCGGUAGGUUCCCUCUGCGGGAAGGAUGGCGGCCAGCAGGAUCCGCGUGUUAUUCGACUCUUCUUCGAUCGUGGCCUGAAACCGAAGAAAUGCACCACACCCAAAGGCGAGCCUCUUCUACGACUGUUCGAGCGAGGCGUUGAUCCUAACCGCUGCGGCCCGAGGAAAGUAAGCCCCCUCGUUAGCGCUCUCGGUAAAGUUCACGAGGACGGCGGAGCCGUGUUUGAUCUGCUUGUGGAGUAUGGGGCGAAGUUGGACUCCGGGCUCUUCUUUAAUGCUCUUGUUUGGGGCACGAAUUCGGCGAUCAAGACUCGAUUCCUUCUUUCCAAGGGUCUCGAUCCGAAUGCCACGACCUCCGCAGAAUGGGGCACGCCUUUACAUGCCGCGGUCCUGUUCGAGCAUGAGGAGGCUAUCGAGGCUCUACUGGCUGCUGGCGCAGAUCCGAUGGCUCGACCGGAGUGCGCGAGAUUUGGUGAUCGAAGCCCUACGGAGCUUGCCGAAGCGCGGUUCCAGCGAGGUUCGGAGAGCUCUGGCAUGAAAGAUACAUAUCAGCGGAUACUCACGCUCCUUACCGAUGCACAAGACGGUCGUACGCCUUCGGCGGCGAAGUGGGGGAUUAACAUGCAGCACACUACCGUCACGAACAGGUCGCAGAUUUCGGAAGAUGCCGAGGCGGGUUUAAUGGCUUAUAGAGCACGGGUGGUGGGAGCACCGGCUAGGAAAACCAAAGUUGCCCCGAAGAAAGAGCAGAAAGAUACCGCGAAUGAUGGUAGUGACUGGACCUCACUUGAAGUCCCUGGAGGGGAAAAGAAAAUGGUCGACGUACCUAGUAGACUACCUCUCAUUCCAGUUGCGCAGGCAGAGUGGAGAACCAGCCCACGGAGGUCGGAGAUUGACAUUGCUGCUCUGAGCCUCACAAGAGAGAUUGAAUCUUAG